AUGAGCCAGAGGGACACGCUGGUGCAUCUGUUUGCCGGGGGGUACGGUCCACACUGGGCGUGCGGGCUGGGGCUGAGGGUGCUGGGCAGAAGGCCGUGGCCUGACACGCGGGCGACACGGGCCCGCGGAGCCGGGGCGAGGCUGGAGCGCGAGCCUGAGGAGCGGCGGGCGGGGCUGGGGGACUACGCGGGCCAGGGCCACGCGUCGCGGCCUAUCCGGUGUCCGAGAUGCGGGGCCGCGGAGAGGAACGUGGCUGCAGGCCUCACGGACGUUCCUAGGCCUGGGGGUACUGGGCGGAGGUGCCGAGGCCGAGGACAAAAUGGGCGCCGGGGCCGCCUCCUCCCUCCCCCUGUGCCGCGCGUGCUGCGAGGCCUCCUCACGUCGCUCACGCAGCACCUCGGACCUCGGGCAGCUGUUUUCCCGGCCCACUCCGCGGGGGUGGGUCUUUGGGGGGCUUCCGGCACCCGCGGGGAGGCUUUGGUGUUGGCUCGCCGGCUGGAGCUAUGUGGUGGUACAGUAGGAGCUAUUCUGACAUGUCCACUGGAAGUUGUAAAAACACGGCUGCAAUCAUCUUCUGUGACGCUUUACAUCUCUGAAGUUCAGUUGAACACCAUGGCUGGAGCCAGUGUCAACCGAGUAGUGUCUCCUGGACCUCUCCAUUGCCUAAAGGUGAUCUUGGAAAAAGAGGGGCCUCGUUCCUUGUUCAGAGGAUUAGGCCCCAAUUUAGUGGGGGUGGCCCCUUCCAGAGCAAUAUACUUUGCUGCUUAUUCAAACUGCAAGGAAAAGUUGAAUGAUAUAUUUGAUCCGGAUUCUACCCAGGUACACAUGAUUUCUGCUGCAAUGGCAGGUUUUACUGCAAUCACAGCGACCAACCCCAUUUGGCUUGUAAAGACUCGGUUACAGCUCGAUGCAAGGAACCGUGGGGAAAAACGAAUGGGCGCUUUUGAAUGUAUUCGUAAAGUGUAUCAGACAGAUGGACUUAAAGGAUUUUAUAGGGGCAUGUCUGCUUCAUAUGCUGGCAUAUCAGAGACUGUUAUCCAUUUUGUUAUUUAUGAAAGUAUUAAGCAAAAACUACUGGAGUAUAAGAUUGCUUCUACAAUGGAAAAUGAUGAAGAGUCUGUAAAAGAAGCAUCAGAUUUUGUGGGAAUGAUGCUAGCUGCUGCCACCUCAAAAACUUGUGCCACAACUAUAGCCUAUCCACAUGAAGUCGUAAGAACAAGACUACGUGAAGAGGGAACAAAAUAUAGAUCUUUUUUUCAGACACUGUCUUUGGUUGUUCAAGAAGAAGGUUAUGGGUCUCUUUACCGUGGUCUAACAACUCAUCUGGUGAGACAGAUUCCAAACACAGCCAUUAUGAUGGCCACCUAUGAAUUAGUGGUCUACCUUCUCAAUGGAUAG